GGGUUACCAAAUCUCAAGGCCCCUCUUAACCAAAAAGUUUGACUUUGACAUUUCGUUGUCAUUUUCUGUAAACAUUUCCAAUUUUACAACUAAGAAAUGAGUAUUUUAUUAUUAAAUAAAUUAUGUCGAACAUGUUUAACAGAAAAAGAUCCAACAGAAUUAAGAUCGUUGUACGACAGCGAACUAAAAAAGGAGCUGGAUGAUAUUGCAUCUAUAAAAAUCGAAGAACACGAUGGUCUUCCUUCAGGAAUUUGCAAUGACUGCCAUUACACAUUAAACGUAGCAAUAAAUUUCAAAAAGCAAUGCUUAAAUUCGGAGCACCGUCUACGCAAUGUUUUAUGUUCCGAACUAACAGAAAAUAAACCGCUAACCAAUAUAAAUGAGAUAGAUAACGAUUUAGUACAGAAACAAACACAAAAUCCACAAACUUCAGAAAUUAAACACGAAACUAUUAAACAAGAAGGUAUAGGUAAUAGCGUAAUAAAAUAUAAUCCAAAACCAUCAGACCGAAAUACGCUUAUGCAGCAUUUCGAAUGCCCCCAAUGCAACAAAAAAUUCAAACUCGAAAGCGUCUUCAAAUCUCACAUGAUCAAGCACGGAGAAGCCUUAAAAUGCGAAGUAUGCAAUCAAGAAUUCAACGCCCUAAAACAGUACAAGGAACACAUGAAAUCGGCGCAUCCCACCUACCGCCCCCACAAGUGCAAUAAUUGUGAUAAAUCUUUCAGCACUUCGGAGAAUCUUGCGAAGCAUGCUCGUACGCACGGGGGAGAACGAAAGCACUUGUGUACUGUGUGCGGUAAACGAUUCUUCGAGCCAAAUCAUCUACUGGUCCACUCUAGAGUUCACACGGGCGAGAAGCCGCUCAGUUGUAAAGUCUGCGGGAAAAUGUUCAGCAACGCCCACGGACUUUUAGUGCACAAUAAAAUCCACACGGGCGAAAAGAACCACGAGUGUAACGUUUGCGGGCGGAAAUUUACCCAUUCGUACGUGUUAAAAUCGCACAAACGAGUCCACACGGGCGAGAAGCCCUACAAGUGCGACAAGUGCGAGGCAUCUUUUAAAUCGUCCUCGUAUUUGAAGAUCCACACUAGAAUGCACAACCAAGAAAAACCCUACAAAUGCGACGAAUGCUCCAAAAGUUUCGUGUGCAAGACCGGCCUUAAUUCGCACAAACAAUUCCACACAGGCCUAAAACUAUUCCAAUGUGCAACGUGCGGCAAAACGUUCCGGAGAUUAGCAGACCUACAGCCUCACAUAAGAAGCCACACUGGGGAGAGACCUUACGCUUGCAACGAAUGCGGCAAACAUUUUGUAACCGCCAGUAACCUCGCGUCCCACAAACGCACGCAUCUGGGCAUUAAAAAUUUCAUUUGCUCGACCUGCGGGAAAGCCUUCGGCGAUUCGCGCACGUUGAAGAGCCAUUACAGGACUCACACGGGAGAGAAGCCCUACACUUGCACCAUAUGCGGCAACAGUUACUCCCAAUCCGGGCAGUUGUCCGUUCACAAGAGGAUCCACAAUCCUUUCAAGCACAAAAGCAGCGGCGGCGAUCAACAGAUUGUUGUUAAUACGGAUUAAUAAAUUUGUGCAAACACUAAAUCGAUCUGAACUA